UAUUGUUCAGUCAUUUUAAUCAUGUCCAAGUCUUAAAGACCCAGUUUAUGUAUACAUACCCAUGUACAUGUUGGUAAAAUUAUUUCCUGGUAGGAAUUGGUGAGUUUUAUAGAGUUUAUAGAUUUAUAGAGUUUUUAUAAAUUCUUGUUAGAAAAUUCACAUUUUGUUAUUUGUGCUUUUAUAUUGCAGUUAUGGAGAAAAAUCAUACUUCUUUUGCCAUGAAAGUGAACUCUUCUGACAAGCAAGAGUCAGUAUGUGUGUUUGGAACAGGAGACUUUGGAAGAUCACUAGGCCUUAAGAUGUUCCAAUGUGGCUACUCUGUGGUCUUUGGAAGCCGAAAUCCUGAGCUGUCCAGUUUGCACCACAAAGAAAUUGAAGUCUUGAGCCAUGCAGAAGCUGCCCAGAGGUCUGAUAUUAUAAUUAUAGCAAUCCAUAGGGAUCAUUACAAAUUUCUUGGAAAGUUAACUGAGGAACUCCAAGGAAAAAUAUUGGUAGACAUCAGCAACAACCUUAAAAUUAAUCAGUAUCCUGAAUCCAAUGCAGAAUAUCUUGCUGAAUUGGUUCCAGGAGCCAAAGUCGUGAAAGCAUUUAAUACAAUCUCAGCCUGGGCUCUCCAAUCAGGCCACCUGGAUGGAAGCAGGCAGGUAUUUGUAUGUGGUGAUGACAAGGAAUCUAAGCAGAGAGUGAUGAACAUCAGCCGUACUCUUGGUCUUACUCCACUGGAUCACGGAUGUCUUGUGACAGCCAGAGAGAUUGAAAACUAUCCUCUACAGCUCUUUCCAAUGUGGAAGUUCCCUCUAUACCUCUCUGGGGCCUUAUUUAUUUUCUAUUUUAUUUACUAUGCUUUAAGAUCAGUCAUCCACCCCUACGUUACUCAAAACAAAGACACAACUUUUACCUUGGCCUUUUCUAUCCUAAAUCAUGCCUUCGCGGGAAUGGCUGUCACUCUUCUUGCCCUGGUUUAUCUCCCUGGCCUCAUUGCUGCCAUUCUGCAGUUGUACCAAGGCACCAAAUAUCGUCGUUUCCCAAACUGGCUUGACCACUGGAUGCUUUGCAGAAAACAACUUGGACUUGCGGCACUGGCUUUUGCCUUUCUCCAUGUGCUGUACUCACUUGGGCUACCCAACCGCUAUAGUGCAAAAUGGAAAUUGGCCAACAGAGUGAUUAAACAGGUAAAAUCCAACAAGACUGAUCCUUUUCUCGCAUCUGAUGUCUGGCGCUAUGAUGGUGGCUUAACCCUGGGCAUACUGGGAUUUUUUUUAUUUGUCUUAUUGGGAAUCACUUCCUUGCCAUCAGUCAGCAACAUGGUGAACUGGAGAGAAUUUCGAUUUAUCCAGUCCAAACUUGGUUACCUGACACUGAUCUUAUGUACAGUACACACACUUGUGUUUGGUGCAAAUAAAUUCCUCAAACCUCCACCACUCGUAUGGUAUCUUCCUCCAACCUAUGUGAUAAGCCUCAUCGCUCCCUCUGUGGUGCUGCUCCUGAAGUUCAUCCUGAUAAUGCCAUGUUUUAAUCGGCCCCUUACACGGAUCCGGCAAGGCUGGGAAAGAAACUCCCUCUCUAAGAAGAUCCAGUUAGGAAAUAGCAAUACUGAGGUGUGAUGGAGCUAAUGUCAUCUCCCAGCAAUGGACUUGAAUGAUUAUACUAUAAUCUUUAUAGUAGAGUAUGUACUUCUUCCCUAAGUCUUCCUCUUCCUCUUCCUCUUCCUCUCAAUAUGGGAGGACUUCAUGUUUGACUUUCUUGAUGGGAUUUGCAAGAAGUUUGCACUCUAUUCUCUGUCUCUUCUUUCAUGCUCUUGCUCACUCUUCCUUGUCUUGCUCUCUCUCCAGUUGUGACAAGAGCCAACCUACUUACCUCAAAGAUUCCACAAUUUCACUGGACAAUAAAAGGGGCAUCCUUUUAUUGGGCUAUUUAGUGACCUCUACUCUUUCAUAAAUUUCUACAGGAAAAAAAAACUGUUUCUCUAAUCUUAUAUAGCACACUCACUAAAUCCCUGCAAACUUGAUAAAAUCUGCCAAAACUUGUUUUCCACUGAGAAAUGCAAAUAAUGAAACAUAUUCAAGACCUAAUCUUACAUGCAUCACAUUGGACUCAUUACUUCUGUAUGCUUCAUUUUUUGUAUGUGUCCAAAUAUCAUUCAGGGCUGACUACAUGUAAUAUUAUCUACCAUGAUGCUAGUUCAUCUUUUUUGUAAACGAUGAAAUAUAAGAAUUAAAACACUCGUGAGCCUAACAACUGGUGACUGAUUGAAGGAAUAGUAGGUAUUGUAGUAGGCCUACAAAAGAAAAGACAGGUGGGAGAUGAGCCUUCCAAGUUUUUGAAGAGCUAGCAUGUAGAAAAUAGAUAUGUUCUUGUCUUCCAAAUGCAGAGAGUAAAAAAGUAGGAGGAAGAGAGGGAUAUAACAGUUUAAAAAAAAAGUUAACCAUCUUUAGGGAGGCAAAGGGAAGUACAUUAUUGAGUACAUUUGUGAUUUUUGCUAAAGGGGCUUAAUACUAAAAAUAAUAGUAAAAGUUUGAGCCAACAUAUUUCUGGAACAAUGGGUAGAAUGUGCAAAGGGGCAAACUGAUUGUUGUCAAGAGGUUUCUUAAAGUGAGUUAUUACUCCAAUGAAGUCAUCUUGUAAAAGCUGGAUAACUGCUUGUUAAGAAGGCUGUGCUGGAUUUCCCUAUAUCUACUAUGCACACAGCACAUAAUAGCAACAUAAAUGUUGAUUGCCUAUUGAUUGACUAUGGAGGGAAUUUUUUUCAAGUUUGAUUUGGAUUAGAUAGCCACCAAGCUCCUUUCCCACUCAAGUGUUGAUAUUCUGUAAAUCCUGGAUGACUAAGGAUUAUGGAAGAUUCCAAAGCAGUUGGAUAUAGUAAUGGUCAGUAAGAACACACUGGAAGAAGAAACAGAAAAAAGAUGAAAAAGAAACAAAAGAGUAUCAUGAUAAAUUUGUAUCUUACAAAUUCAAAUACUUACAUCUUUUGUAUCUUAUUUAAUAUGGUUUACA